CGCGCUGCCGAGGGCACGGGCCGAGAUGGCGACGGCGCGGCUGAGCGCCACCGAGAACCGUCUGGUGUCGCUGCCCCUGUCGCGGAUCCGCGUCAUCAUGAAGAGCUCCCCGGAGGUCUCCAGCAUCAACCAGGACGCGCUGUUCCUCACCGCCAAGGCCACGGAGCUUUUUGUUCAGUAUUUGGCUACAUACUCUUACAAACACGGCAGAGGGAAGGAGAAGAAUGCUCUGACUUACACUGACCUGUCUCAUACAGCAGAAGAGUGUGAGACCUUUCAGUUCCUUGCAGAUAUCUUGCCAAAGAAGAUCCUAGCUAGCAAAUACCUAAAAAUGCUUGAAAAAGAGAAGCGAGAUGGAGAAGUGAGAGAAGAUGAUGAUGAGGGUGAGGAGGAAGAGGAUGAAGACGAAGCUGUUGGUGACAGUGUUGCAUCUUAAGGCCAGUGGAGAAUUGUUUCACAGUUGAUCCAUUUUCUGUUGUAUAAAGGAUGUUAUUUUUGUGACUGAGAAUCCAGAUGCUGGAUAUAUUUAUACACUGAGCCAUCUGCUUUUGCUUUAAGAAGUUUAGAAGUUGAACUUUAUACUUGUUGGAGAAUGGAAUUCUUCCCUCACAAACAAGGUGGGGUAGGAAGAGACAGUGCAAACCUGACAGCAGAGCUUGGUCAGAUAAUUUGAAAUGACUUUGUCAGACAAUCAUUACCAAAAUUUAAAAUUUCUUACAGGCAGCUUUCAGUUCAAAAGCUCCAACAGUGGACCAAGUCCAUUUAAAAAGUCUGUAAAAACAGCCAUGUGGGCACCCAGAUGGGACAGGAGGAGAUCCAUCCCAAGAACUGAUGUGGUUCUGCAGCUGUGGUGGUAAAUGGGGUAGAAAAUUAUGUAAAUGUGGGCAUCUAGAACCCUUUCUUGAAUGAACUCAGGCAGUUUCUCUUGCCAAAAAGCACAUUGAAGUCUGUUAAUUGUGGGUUCUUGAGAAUGAGCAGCUCCUUUACCAAGUGAGUGACAGAGAUGGAUUUUUCAUUUGGUUUUGGUUUGUUUUUCUUUUCUUUUUUUACUACAGAAAUGGCAACCGUCCCAUGUAGAACUUCACACAUAACUUUUUAAAAUAAACGUUUUGUAUGAAAACUGACAAUGGAUGCAGAAACUUCCUGUAGUUCUUUCCAGUUUUAGUCACUCUCAUGGUCAGUGUGGCAAUGUUUGCAGAGUGUCAUGGCCAGUCUGAGAGAGAGAAGUGACUGAGAUCUGUGCCCAGGGGUGAAAAAUGCCCCAGGUAAGCACGGGAGUGUUAACAGGUAAUAACCUCGCACUCCAGAAAAGCUAGGCAGCAAAUCAGCCAGGAACUUGUCCCAGGCAACACCCUAACUUGGAGGGCAUGGUAAAGAGUUACCAGAACUGAACAGCUUCUCGUGGGUUGAAGGCACAGCCACACUCAACUUCUCUGAAAACACAGCAGGGAGCUCCAGCAUAUCCACAAUCCAUAUUCUGAGAAAGCCAAGAGGAGCUUAGAACUGGCAGAGCUACUGAGCCACACCAGAAAUGCUCCUGCUCUUUUAACAGAUCAGAGGAUGCUGCACUGUAAAACAUUUCCCUGAAGAUGCCAUAAAUGAAAAUUGUAUUGUAACAGGAAUGCUGCAGUGACUGCUGAGUGGGGCUGGAUCCCUGGGGAAAUUCCCAAGGGGGUACAGGCGGAACUAAACCAUUGUUCCAAGAGUUGGUUUGUGCUUUUUUAAAUAUUAUUAAAAGUGCAUGGAGAUGUGUGGGAAACAUGAGUGUGGAAUGCUGUUUAGGGGGAUGGGGUGCCAGUUUUUGGGAAAGAAAAAAAGAUCCACCAACACAAAAUUGCACAGUGAUUCUCUAGCAGGAACAGGGCUGAGGGUAACAAGCAAAUACCUGAACCAUGGAUGGGUCACAACCAAAGAGAGGAACAUCCUCAAACAGUCCUGGCAGGGGUCUGACCACAGCCCCAUCCCCACCCCUGCAACCUGGGGAGAGGAGGCAGGAGGGAGGGGCGAAAAGGGACUGGGAAAGGAGUGGAAGAUGUUUUAAUUUUUGUCUUAGUUUCUCACCAUCUAAUUCCACUUAAUGUGACAGUAAAUUAUAUAAUUUUCCCUCUGAUCAUUCCUGUUUUGCCCAUGGCAGCAACUCCUCAG